AUGCAUGCCGCCCAUUUGCGUCUUGGUAAACUAUGGCAAUAUGAUCGUGAUGUAGUGCACCAUGGUAAAUUGAACCAUUACUCCCUUGUGUUUAAAGGAAAGAAAUUUACUCUAGCCCCUUUGGAUCCAAAAGACGUACACAAUGAUCAACUGAAGAUGAAAAAGUUUUGUGAUGGGGUUAUAGGGAAGAAAGAUAUAAUUGAAAAGGCAGAGAGAAAAGAGGCCAUUAGUGAUAAAGGUCAAAAUACAAAUGAUCCAAUAGAUUAUAAGGACGUUUUCAAUAAGGCACCUAAAGAUUUACCACCUUUGCAAGGCAUAGAGCACCAAAUUGACUUAGGACCCAGUGCAACAAUUCCAAACUGUCUAGCUUACCAAAGUAAUCCAGAGGAGACAAAGGAGUUACAAAGGCAAGUGGAUGAGCUAUUACAAAAGGGGUACAUUAGAGAAAGUUUGAGCCCCUGUGUUGUCCCUGUCCUAUAG